GGUGCUGAAGUUGCGCGUGCCUUGGAGGUUGCUACCAUAGAAAUCCACUCGAGCAUCCUUCCGCGAGGGGACCAGAACGAGGAAUCAUUUGUUUUCGACGAUUGGGAAAUAAGAUGUUUCUGCCAGCUGUUUAAGUCUUAUUUCUCUUUUUAUAACAUCAUUUAGCCUACAUUCAUUCUUUAAGCACAAGUUAACAAAGCGUGGACGUUUUUGAAGCCGUUUUCUCGGCUGUUUUUCUCGGCUCGUCUUCUCUCCGGUGCCGCUGCCUGCCCAGAAGUCUUUGCCGCUUCAUCUCACAUCCUUUAUGCACAGCACGCUGCUCCGGUCCUCCCCAACAAAACACACAUUCGAGUCCGAGCACCAUGGCCCGCUCCCGGCGCUUUCACUAAGAGACAUGGAAGCCAAACAGCACCCGAUAAAGAGCAUCAAAAGCUACCCGGAAACCGGCGGCCGGAGCCUGGCAGCGGCCGCCGCAGGAGACGGUGGGUAUAAAGCCGGCUCGGCUGAAAUGGAGAUGGAGGCGAAUAUCAAGAAAGCCAUCGACUUCAAGGUGGAGGGUCACCGCUGCUACAAAGAGAAGAAGUUUCGGGAAGCAAUCGGCAAGUACCACCGGGCGCUGCUGCAACUCAAAGGGGUGCAUGUUGUCGACGGGACGACGGGCUCCGAGGUCAACCUACUGAACCAACCCUCGACCAAGCUGACCGAGGAACAGCGGAGAGCCGUGGAGAGCACCGAGAUCGAGUGCUACGACAGCCUGACAGCGUGUCUGUUGCAGUCAGAGCUGGUAAACUACGAGAGGGUGAAGGAGUACUGUCUGAAGGUGCUGAGCCACCAGAGAGACCACUUCAAGGCCAUGUACCGAGCCGGCAUCGCCUUCUAUCACCUGGGCGACUACGAAUGUGCUCUACGCUACCUGCGUGACGCCAAGAACCGCGAACCCACAGACACCAACGUGCUGCGGUACAUCCAGCUGACAGAGAUGAAGAUAAGCAAGAGCGGUCAGCGGGAACGAGAGAGCGGCAAAGAGACCCAGGGCUGACCCUCGACCUUUUCACCCUCCUAAACCUUUCAACCUUUGACCCCACAUCGAUCCUCCCUCUCUCCUCCUCUAUCGACUCCUGACAGCAGCACAGCCCACAGACAGAAGACCCAAUCACCCGCCAGCGAAAAAACGGGAGACAUGUCGAGCUCUGUCUGCAACCCGACCUCCUUUUCCUUCUCUUCCCUCUUCUUCUCCCUCUUUUCUCCCCUGCUGUGUUUCCUCUCCCUAGACGCAGACAGUCGAGCAAACAUAAACAAGACAAGAAGAAACGCUGUAUUAUACUCAAAUGAAACGGUCAUCGUGGUGGAAUGAAAAAAGGAGCUUCAAAACAUACUUAUGAAUAAUGGACAUUUGCGUGAUUUAGUAAAUGUUUUAAAGACAUAAAAUGCAUUUAGUUUCUGCUCUCUUGCUCUCUCUUUUUCUAUCUGCCUUCUCUCUCUCUCUCCAUCUUAUUUCGAAUUCUUGAGGAAAAUAUCGGGGUUGGGAAGCUCGACCACAGGACAGGACUGUGUGUGGACAUAAGCGGUGGAUAGUGAGGGGUGUGUGUGACACAUAUCAAGACCAUAGCCCAAUUUGAUUGUACAUCCUACCCCAAUAGGGCACGCUCAGGCCCCUUACGCAGACUAUGGGACAGACUAGCCCGGGAAAUCUUUCAUCAAGUAAAGAAAACGCCUGCCUUUGUGCUUAAUCUAUUGCUCUACUGUCUUACUUUUCUUUCCUGGAUGCCAUGUAUCUCAGUUUUUUUUUUUGUUUAAUUCAAGGGCUAAUUCAAGUGUUUGUAAACCGUUACUAGGGUUUUUAAUUUGCUUUGGGUGUUCAUCAUACUUGUAGUCAUUCAUCGAUUGUUAACGGCAUCUGUGUCUCCAGCAGUUCCUGCUGUCAUCAGGUGUGCUACUGGUGUGUCUUGAAACUGUUGUCCAAAGUCCCUUCUGGGCUUCUGUGUUGUCGUAGAGACUGUCGAAAGCCCCUCCCUCCCUAACCCUCCCUCACCCUCCCUCCCACCCCUCCCUGUUGUCCCGUUAAUGAUGUCACAAUGGAAAAUAGCCAAUGGGAUCGGAGUUCCAUCAACCGCCGUUGGCUAGAUGGAAAUCCACUUUAAAGUUUCACAGCGAGAAACACUUUAAAGUUUCUAAACGGAGGUCCAACCUUUUAUCGCUAAUGCUGAAGCUUUGCAGACAGCGAUAACACGGCGAGGAGACUCUGGGCAGCGUUAGUGCAGGGAAAAACAAUCACAGACAUACUGUUCUGACAGUCCAGAUUGCCAUCUUGGAGCACUCAGAUUUAGGGCACUUCAACAAGAGUGUCGCCAUUUGAGAUUUCCUCCUUUAGUUUGCUGAUAGAUAAAACUUCUGUGUUUGAAAAUGGUUCCAAACAUAGAGCUGUAAGGACAGAUAACACACAGCAUUAGCAUUAGCCAACAUUAAUGGACAUGUGUGUGGAUAUCCAUCGCUAGCUGUCAAAAGAUACAUAAAUAAUUUGCUUCUCUUG